AAUUGAUGUCUUGGAGUCUAAUAUAUAUAUUUUGCUAGUGUUGCCUUUAAGAUUCCUAGAACCUGAAAGUCCCAUUCUCAACGCAAUUCUGUCCUUUUCAUUAUCCUUUUAACUUUGUUCCCAGCAUCUGGAAAAAUAAAAAAGGAAAUUAAGAUUCCAACACGCUGUACCAGAUUUUAUGUCCACAAGGCAUAAAGCAUCAAAUUCGAUCUUGUUCAUCACACCAAUCAAUCGAUCAUCAGCUCCUUCCUCUCCCUUUCCUCCGGUUGAUUGUCGUCUAUAUUUGCUCCUCCUUUAGCCACUUUCUCUUGGUUUAGGAAGAUGAUAUGGGUAGCUUAUUUUCAUAUAUUAAGCCUAAAAAGGAAGGACAUGUUGUUAGCGGCGGAGGAAGCGGCGGCAGCAGAUUCAUAAGAAGGCAAUCUUCAACUUCAUUUCAUCCAAAAAUGUAUAGAGAACCAUCACUGGAUAACAAGACUAAUAGUAGUACGAGUCAAGUAAAGGAUUCUGAGAAGAAUAAAUCUAUCAAGCAGAAAUAUGCUUUCAUUCCUGAUAAUUUUUCUACCUUGGAACAGGUUACAAUAGCCUUGAAAGAUGCUGGCUUGGAAUCAUCAAAUCUGAUUGUCGGCAUCGAUUUCACUAAAAGCAAUGAGUGGACAGGAAAAGUUUCAUUCGAUAAUCGUAGCCUGCAUGCCAUUGGUAAUGAACCGAAUCCAUAUGAGAAAGCCAUCUCCAUUAUUGGAAAGACUUUGGCUCCCUUUGAUGAAGACAAUUUAAUUCCUUGUUUUGGAUUUGGAGAUGCCACCACCCAUGAUUACGAGGUAUUCAGCUUUCACAGUGACCAUACACCUUGCCAUGGCUUUGAAGAAGUUCUAGCCUGUUACAAAAAGAUUGUUCCCAGCUUAAAACUCUCAGGGCCAACUUCUUAUGCACCGGUGAUUCAGGCUGCAAUGGACAUCGUGGAAAGAAGUGGAGGCCAAUACCAUGUAUUGGUUAUAGUUGCAGAUGGCCAGGUUACAAGGAGUGUCAAUACAAGUCAUGGAGAGCUAAGCCCACAAGAAGAGAAAACAAUCAAGUCAAUCGUAGAUGCAAGUUCAUACCCAUUAUCAAUAAUUCUUGUUGGGGUUGGUGAUGGACCUUGGGAUGACAUGAAGAAGUUUGAUGACAAAAUUCCAGCACGUGAAUUUGAUAAUUUUCAGUUUGUUAAUUUUACUGCAAUUAUGACAAAGAAUGCAACUCCCUCUGAGAAACAAACAGCCUUUGCUCUUGCUGCACUAAUGGAGAUUCCUUUCCAGUACAAAGCAGCUCUUGAAUUUGGUAUAGUCGGACGUACUACUGGCAGAUCAAAGAAAAUAGUACCGCGCCCUCCUCCAGUUCCUUACGCUCAUCGUCCAACAAUAGACCAUGAACCGAGUAAUGUAUCUUCUCCUGUUGAGGAUGAGAGAACCCAGGCCUGCCCUAUUUGCCUGACUAAUGCCAAGGACUUGGCCUUCGACUGUGGACACAUGACUUGUAGAGAGUGUGGAUCAAGGGUGUCAAAUUGCCCCAUAUGCCGCAGGCGGAUCAGCAAUCGCCUUAGGCUGUUCACUUAAAUGGUUGCACCAAGGAUUUGAGAGUGUUAUUUGUUUGAUGACUGCACCAGGAAAACUGUAUAUGUUGAGCUGGACAUAUUGCUGAGCUCUCUCUAUCACUCCUUUGUGCAAAUGUGGACUGAAAAAUACGAAUUUGCUUGUACUUUGGUGACGGAGCAAACCUAAUGAGUUGCUUUAGGGCGGUCAAAUGAAGUAUGCUUGCUUUAUAAUACACCUAUUAAUACAAAUUGAAACUGUAUGUAAAACUUGUUGAGAAGGGUCACUAGUUGAAGCUUUCACAGAAAGAGAUAAGAAAAAGUUGGAUCUAAUUUUUAUAAA